UGUGAACUUAUUGACACAUAUGGCUUGGAUGUUGUGCAAGCUUAUAUGUCUCACAUACAACAUAAUGCCGAACUUGCUGUGCGGAGGUUGUUGAAAGAGGUUGAACUUCCUUUCAAGCUGAGUGAAUUAGAAUCUGCCACUUUACUUAUCAGCGUGGAUGCUUUUUUUUUCAGAGUUGCUAGUAAAGAAAAAAACGAGAAGGGAUUGACGAAAUUGCAUGCAAUGGACCUUAUGGAUGAUGGAACACCCAUUUGCCUGACCAUUGAAAUUGAUGAGAAAACGGUUGGUUUGUAUGUUGCUUUUUGCAAAGGCUUCGGGAAAUUUCGCUUACGAGUCAAAACUGCCUUCUUUUUUUUUGAGGAUAAACCGGAUUCCCUCAGUAACAGUUCUCGUCUUUCUCUCGCGCCAUGUCUCUGA